CAUCACUGGGCUGGGGCAUCACUGGGCUGGGGCAUCACUGGGCUGGGCACACGGGCAUCACUGGGCUGGGGCAUCACUGGGGCAUCACUGGGCUGGGGCAUCACUGGGGCAUCACUGGGCUGGGGCAUCACUGGGGCAUCACUGGGGCAUCAGCUGAGCGGGGCUGGGGCUGUUGGAGCAGAAUGAGGCCGGGGAGAGACCCGGGGGGCAGAACGUACCGGGGGAGAUGCUGAAUUCCUGUCGGACCGAGGGAGCAGCCGGCUGCCCACACCCCCCCCAACUGCAGCAGCCCGGACCCCCCGCAGCCCAUGGCCUCCUCCCAGCAGGGCCCCCCCCCAGCCCUCAUCCACAGGGGCCGGUCCCACAGCGACCCCAGCAUCCUCACUGAGCCCGGGUCGGAGUCGGAGGACAGUACAGAGGAGAUGGCCCAGUCCCCGGCGCUGCGCGCAGAAUACGUGCUCUCAGGGACUCGCACGCCCCCCGCCCGGCGGAACAGCAAGUUGGCCACACUGGGCCGGAUCUUCAAGCCCUGGAAGUGGAGGAAAAAAAAGAAUGAGAAAUUGAAGCAAACGACGGCACUGGAGAAGAAGAUAUCGGUCAGACAAAGCCGGGACGAGCUCAUUAAGAAGGGGCUGCUGGAGAUUAUGGAGCAAGGCAGCGUUGACUUGCUGGUGGUUGAUGACCUCAAGGAGUCCAACCUCGCCUCAGUGGAGAGGACCCUACAGGCCAUCCUGCUCUCUGAAUCUGUAGAUACUGCUCUUCUGGAGAUCAACUCAAUGCAGAUCCCAAGCCCCCCACUUCUGCCCCAACCAAAGGCAAACGUUUGGGUUACCCAGUGUGUGUCAGAUGCUGAUGUAGAAGAGAUCUCCUUGAAGUCCCCACCCCGCACCAUGAUGAAAAGUUCAACCCCUAGUGGUUCCUCCCAUAUCUCAGGACACACCAACCUCUUCCAGCCUUCUGCCCAGAAAGCCACUGAACUGCACGGCCAAACUGCUCGAGGGCGUCAUUCCAGCCCCAACGGCUCGCCUCACCACUCCGCCAUACAUAUGCCUUUACCCCCAAGCAGAGUCAUCGAAGAACUACACAGGGCACUAGCCACUAAACACCGGCAAGACAGCUUUCAGGGUCGGGAAAUGAAGGCUUCUCCGAAAAAGAGGGUGGAUUUCCGAACCUCCAGGACCUCCAGCGUAGAGAAGAACAGGGACAAUAUUGCUUCCCAUGAGGGAGAUGCAGAGAGCAAGUGUUUGUCUGCCAAGGAGUCUGAGGAAAACAAAGAAAACUUGAUCAGGGAUUCCGGCCAUAAAGACAAUGUGCUGUUAUAUCAGGACGAGGAGGAGCUAAACAACUCCAUCAACUCUGGGACACUGACACGGAAAUGCAAGAAGGAACUUCUGGCCGUGAAGCUCCGGAACCGUCCGAGCAAACAGGAGCUGGAAGACCGCAAUAUCUUUCCCCGGAGAACGGACGAGGAGAGACUUGAGAUACGACAGCAAAUCGAAAUCAAACUCUCAAAGAGACUGAGCCAAAGACCUGCCGUGGAAGAACUGGAAAGAAGGAAUAUUCUGAAACAGAGAAAUGACCAGACGGAGCAAGAGGAGAGGCGAGAGAUUAAGCAGAGGCUGACGAGGAAGCUCAAUCAGCGGCCGACGGUGGAUGAACUGAGGGAAAGGAAAAUCCUAAUACGGUUCAGCGAUUACGUGGAGGUGGCGAAAGCGCAGGAUUAUGAUAGGAGGGCAGACAAGCCCUGGACAAGAUUAUCUGCCGCUGAUAAGGCUGCUAUACGUAAAGAGCUGAACGAGUACAAGAGCAAUGAGAUGGAAGUGCAUGCGUCGAGCAAACACUUGACCAGAUACCACAGACCGUAGCCAUGUCCUUACGAGAAGAAAGGGCGGUACUUUUUUCGAUAAAUCUGCUGAACACGUUCCUUGAGGAGCAGUGAUGGGCAGUGCUGAGGUUCAGCGCAUGGUGCUCAGGGCGAGUGGUUGUUGGGGCCCUGCGGCGGGAUUGUCUACGACGCGUCCUGAUAUGCGACAGAAGCGACGAGGUCACUACACCGGGGGACAGAGCAGCUCCCACGCAGGGAGAGAAAACUAGCGCAAAAUAUCCUGGGGGUUGUUGCUAGAGACUGGAUGGACAUGGCGACUGGCGCCUAGGGCUUGUUCCAAGCUGUAUAUUGCAGCAGGAUGCUGUGCAUGUAUGGGGCUUUACUAAGGCGAGAUCAUAACGGACACGCAGCCGGCACCUCAUACGGUAUUACUGACGUCACGUCAAUCUGAUCACCGUUUUAUUUGUAACUCUUCAUGCUGCGGCAAAAUAUUUUCAUGUUUUAUAUUUUGGUUUCUUUUAUUUUUAUGAUGUCUUCUUGGAAAAAAAAAAAAAUACAUUUUUCUCGUUAAGUUUAUCUUAUUAAAAAAAAAAUAAAAGAAAUCUUAAUGCAAA